CAUCUGGUGAAGUGGGUGGAGCCGCCAUGAAGCCGGCUCAGGGCCAGGUGUCCUUCGAAGAGGUGGCUGUGUAUUUCUCCAAGGCAGAGUGGAGCCUGCUGAGCCCGGCCCAGAGAGCUCUGUACAAGGAAGUCAUGCUGGAGAAUUUUGGGAACGUGGCCUCGCUGGGACCUCUGAUUUCCAAACCGGACCUCGUAUCCAGGCUGGAGGAAGAGGAGGAGCUGCUUAUCGGGUUCUCUGAUGAAGAAGAGGGAGUGACUGGUAGCAGCCUAGAUGUUGUGUGGGAGGUGGCAACUGAAUAUCCAGUGAUGGAGAGAGAACACAUGUAUUCAGAUGUGGAAGAGAACAUUGAAUAUUGUGAUACAUUGGGCGUGGUGGAGGGAACAAACCCACUUAAUGAAAGGGAAAACUCUGAUGUUUUCCAAAGUGAUCAUUCUCAAGAAAUCUCACUUCUUCAAAAUAUAUCCGAAGGAGACGAUAGAGAAGAGUGCCCUGGGAGUGCGGAAGGAUUUUCUGAAACAACAGAUACAACUAUGCAUUGGAACACCCAUAAUACAAGGGGAACAUUUAAAUGCCUGGAGUGUGGAAAAACUUUUGGACGGAAACAUGGUCUAACUUCCCAUCACAGAAUUCACACAGGGAAGAAACCAUAUAAAUGCAUGGAGUGUGGGAAAAGCUUCAGACGGAGUGAACAGCUUACUGUCCACCAAAGGAUUUAUACAGGGGACAAGCCAUAUAAAUGCCAGGAGUGUGGGAAAUGCUUUAAUCAGAGUGGAGCCUUGUCUUCCCAUCAAAGAAUUCACACGGGGGAGAAACCUUAUAAAUGCCUGGAAUGUGGAAAAGCCUUUGGAAGGAAAGAAUCUCUAACUUCCCAUCACAGAAUUCACACAGGGGAGAAACCAUAUAAAUGCCCAGAGUGUGGAAAAAGCUUCACUGAGUGUGGACACCUUAAUGUCCACCGAAGGAUUCACACAGAAGAGAAACCAUAUCAAUGCCCAGAGUGUGGAAAAAGCUUCCGUCAGAGUACGUCCCUUUCUUCCCAUCAAAACAUUCACAUGGGAAAGAAACCAUACAAAUGCCUACAUUGUGGGAAAAGCUUCAGGCAGAAGGGAAGUCUUACUGUCCAUCAAAGAAUUCACACAGGGGACAAACCAUAUAAAUGCUUGGAGUGUGGGAGAAACUUCAGGCGCAGUUCAGCCCUUACUCUCCAUCAAGCAAAUCACACAGGGUUGAAAAAGUACAAAUGUCUGGAGUGUGGGAAAAGCUUCAGUCUGCGUCAAAGUCUUACUACCCACAAAAGAAUCCAUACAGGGGAGAAACCGUAUAAAUGUAUAGAGUGUGGGAAAAGCUUCAGCCAGAGUGCACACUUUACCAUCCACCAAAGAAUUCACACAGGAGAGAAACCAUACAAAUGCCCAGAGUGUGGAAAAAGCUUCCGUGACAGUGGAAGGCUUACUGCCCACCAAAGAAUUCAUACGGGGGAAAAACCUUAUAAAUGCUUGGAAUGUGGAAAAGCCUUUGGACGGAAAGAUAUUCUAAAUACCCAUCACAGAAUUCAUACGGGGGAGAAAUUAUAUAAGGAUAAAAAAUAUAAAUGCCUGGAGUGUGGAAAAGGCUUCAGUCAGAGUGGACACCUUACUGCCCAUCAAACCAUUCACACAGGGGAGAAACCAUAUAAAUGCCUGGAGUGUGGAAAAAGCUUCAGUGCGAGUCGACACCUUACUGCCCAUCAAACCAUUCACACAGGGGAGAAACCAUAUAAAUGCCUGGAGUGUGGAAAAUGCUUCAGGCAGAGUGGAAGCCUUUAUUCCCAUCAAAAAAUUCACACAGGGGAGAAACCAUAUAAAUGCUUGGAGUGUGGGAGAAGCUUCAGACGCAGUUCAGCCCUUACUCUCCAUCAAGCAAAUCACACAGGGGUGAAAAAGUACAAAUGUCUGGAGUGUGGGAAAAGCUUCAGUCAGCUUCGGAGUCUUACUAUCCACAAAAGAAUUCACACAGGGGAGAAGCCAUAUAAAUGUAUGGAGUGUGGGAAAAGCUUCAGCCAGAUUGGAUACCUUACUAUCCACCAAAGAAUUCACACAGGGGAGAAAAAGUAUAAAUGUCUGGAGUGUGGAAAAAGUUUCAGACAUAGUACAUCACUUUCUUCCCAUCAAAGAAUUCACACAGGGGAGAAACCAUAUAAAUGCCUGGAGUGUGGAAAAAGCUUCAGUCAGAGUUCAUACCUUCCUUCUCAUCAAAAAAUUCAUGCAAGGGAGAAAAAUAUAAAUAAGGAGGGAUAAACUGAAUUCUCAUCAAAGAAUUCACACACAGGAGACAGACAGCCUGAAGUGUUGAGAUAUCUUCAUUCAAAGUAGAAACAUUACUUCCCUUUAAAAUAACUCAUCCCAGUGAAAAAACCUAGAGAUUUCUGUAGUGUAGAAACACAUGGCAUCAAAACAAAUUGCAUCAGAAAAGUAGAAGUGAAUUCAAUAAUAUAAUAUUUUGUGGUAUCAACUGGCCCCUGGAAUAGAACCUGAAAACUAAACAAGUAUAAUAUGUAUUCUUUGCCUAAAUUUCAAUAGUAAUCCCGUUCUGCCAUUCUGCAGCUGCUGGCAUUUCCAUCUUCAAGGGCAGAUCCAUGAAGAGUGUGUUACAGUAGUCUGGCCAGUUGAUUAUUCUGGCUGGAUCCACAUGUCCAAAUUGGCAGGUCAAGUUAAGGAGCCAUCCUGCAUGUUAUAGAAGCAGAGAGAGAUAUAAAUUGGGUCUGCUGUUGUGAUUAUUUUUUCUCUGAGGCUGGAAAAUCUGUAAAGGAACUGGUUAAUUCAAGCUUUGAGAGCACCAAAUACAGCUGAUGAAAGAUACUUACCAUGUUUUAGCAGUUUGGAAAGAGAGCUCUCUUAGGGUGUUAGCAGAAUAUCCAGCAUUUUCCUGUGGGGAGGGGGAGAUGAGAUCACCCAGCUCACCUGAACGCUUCCCGUCGAUCCCUCCAAAGACAGAUUGCUAGGUAAGAGCUGAUGCAGCUGGAAUGUGGCUUGCAUCCGUCCCGAGCUCUGCUCAGGUGAGCGAAGCUGAUUUAGCAGCUCAUGCUGAGUGAAGAGGCCCUGUGGAUUUGUGGGACCUGGACAGGUAGGAGGAUGCAGCUGGAUUCGGGUGGCAUCAACACCGGUCCCUUUCUUGGUUGCUUCAGAUGAUGUUGCCAGGAGGUUCUAUGAUAGUUCCAGUAUCUGCAAAUCCCCGCAGCUGGCUUCCUUGGGCAGCAGACUCCCGCACCUGGAUCCAUGGCAUGGGGACAUGGAGACUUGACUACUGUACUGCAUGCUCUGUAGUCUCCCCUCUGAGUCAACUCGGAGACUCCAGUCGGUGCUUAACCCCACAGCUCGCUAGGCAGAGGGUGAAUAUUACUCCUACUCUGCAGUCACUUCGUUGGCUACUCAUAAGUUACUG